CAACAACAUUAGAAUCAGAAACAACGUUGUCUUAAUGUCCAUACCAGCAACAAGAAGAUGCUAUAUACAAUAUAGUAGUUGAAUUGAAACCUUCCAUUCUUCACUCUCUUCAAAAACAGUAAUGGAACUACACUGAUAGGUAUGGCAACUAUUACACGUGUUCCUUUUGUUUCCGCUACCACACAUUUCCCCAACCAAUGCCAUAAAUACUCCUUACUGGCAACGUCAAUUCCUUUACCAGUUUCUUCUUCCUCAUUAACCCUAUCUUCUUCUUCAUAUUAUUCUUGUUAUUCUACUUCAUCUCUUUCACUUCCAACAUCAAGAACUCUUAAGGCUGUGAAGAGGUUUGGAACUAGAACUAGUCCUGUUGUUGCUAUGGCUCAAUCUUCAAAACCUACUGUGCUUGUUACUGGUGCUGGUGGUCGCACAGGGCAACUGGUUUAUAAGAUAUUGAAAGAGAGGGCAGACCAAUAUGUGGCUAGAGGGUUUGUUAGGACAGAAGAGAGCAAGCAGAAAAUUGGUGAUGCUGAUGAUGUUUUUGUUGGUGAUAUAAGAGAUGUUGACACUCUUGUUCCUGCGAUUCAAGGUAUUGAUGCUCUAAUUAUACUGACAAGUGGGGUGCCAUUGAUGAAACCUGGGUUUGAUCCAACUCAAGGAAAUAGGCCGGAGUUUUAUUUUGAUGAUGGUGCAUACCCCGAACAGGUUGACUGGAUUGGGCAGAAAAAUCAAAUCGAUGCUGCUAAGGCCGCAGGAGUAAAGCAGAUUGUGUUAGUAGGAUCUAUGGGUGGAACAGACCUUAAUAAUCCUUUGAACAGCUUGGGUAAUGGGAACAUAUUGGUUUGGAAAAGAAAGGCUGAGCAAUAUCUGGCCGAUUCUGGUGUUCCGUAUACGAUUAUAAGGGCUGGUGGCUUGCAAGACAAAGAGGGAGGUAUCCGGGAACUCCUCGUAGGGAAGGAUGACGAGCUUCUAAAGACUGAAACCAGAACUAUAGCUAGACCUGAUGUUGCAGAAGUCUGCAUUCAGGCUCUAAAUUUCGAGGAGGCAAAAUUUAAGGCAUUUGACUUGGCAUCUAAACCCGAGGGAAAAGGUUCACCAACAAAGGACUUUAAGGCUUUGUUUUCUCAGAUCACUACUCGUUUUUGAAGUUGAAUGUCGUUAUCAUUAUCUUAAAAUCUUUCUUAUUUACAUUCUGGAUUGAACAAUAAAUCUAUUUAUUACUAUAUCUUAAGCAAAUUCACAUUGUGUUUUGGUAAUUUAGAAGAAGUUUGUAUCUAAAGCAAAUUAUGGACUUCCUUUGUUAUGUAAUCCUUGAGAACAACUCAUGUCUACUUAUCAAUGCAUCCAUUCAUUAUCUUCAUAUUUC